AUGCAGGAAGAAGCGAAUGAAAUUCUAACCGAGAAAGACAAUUUCAUCUCGCAAUAUGCAUCCAAUAGCGAAGAAUGCGGAGUUCACUUUCCGAUAUUAAUACAGAAAUUAUUAGACCUCGGAUUGACGGAAGCUAUCGGUCAAUUUCUAGUCGGAGAUGACUAUCAGGAGCUGUUGGUUGAAUGUGGCUGGGAUCUAAUUAUAGUUGGUUUGUCAAAUAUAACUCAAAGCACUACUCAAUGUAGCCAUGAGAGUCUGAAGAUGCGAUCUAUUCUACUGCAUAAAGUUAUCGAGGUAAAUAGCCCGAAAGAAUCGUAUUUAGCAUUACUGGAAAGGUUGGAGAGUGAUCUACAGCCACAUCCAUAUAAACUUAUUUUAAUUGUCAAGCUUUUAUCCAAAGUUUUACGUAAAAUGAAGGAUAAAUGUUCAAAGUUCUAUCGAGCUGCUAAUAAUCAGCUGAUCACAUCAUUUAAAGCAAUAGAUAAGCAGCAUUUCGAAAAUUCUAAUGAAAUGGUAUCGAUUGGUGCGUCCUUGGUAUCUGAUAUGCAAGAUUUCGACAGUGUAGCUAGUAGUUUACAGCCUGUAGAUGAUAUGACCAAAACUUCUCUAUUAUUCGACAUUACUAAUGAGUUAAUAAAUUACACAUUACCCGGGGAACAAUCAUUAGCUCAAGAUGUUACUGAUGUUGUAAGUUAA